UUGCAGGCAGCCAAGCUAAAGGACCAGGGAAAUACUCAUCUCCAAGCGGGUGAUUUGGCGAAAGCUGUGGAGUGUUACACAGAGGCGAUCUCUCUCGACCCCUCAAAUCAUGUAUUCUACAGCAACCGAUCUGCAGCCUAUGCUAAGGACAAGAAAUAUGAGCAAGCAUUAGCUGACGCCAAGAAAUGUGUUGAGCUAAAACCAGAUUGGGGCAAGGUGAGAGAAUUGUUCAGUUUUCAUGGCGAUCAAGAGUCCAUGUCAAAUUGAUUUAUCAGCAUUGCGUUAAGAAGGGUAUUUAAAAUCAACCAUGACUUUUUGCGAAAAGAAGCGAAGGUGUGUGACUUCAUUUGCUUUUCGAAUACUGCUUGUGGAUGAAUGUUAUCAUAGCUUAUUGCAUUGUAAAUAACUCGUGGGUACAUACAUGUACAGUGUUUGUACUGCACAUGUACAUGAAUUUGCAAGUUCUAGAAAAUAAAUGUUAUAAAAUAAGUAUACUUUAAACACAGCAUCAGAGAGCAAUUAAGGGGAUUUUCUAUUUACUUAUUGAAGUUAUUACUAUUAUAAUUUUAUUAUUCUGAGUGAAGCAAGGGGCCUCCUUCCUCGCCUUGCGAGGUUUAUAAUCUUGUUGCGUGUGAAGCGCAUGUACCACGCGUGGUGUUAGCAACCUGCAAAGUCAGCUGGCCCACCUAUAUUUCUAUGUGUAUAUUGCGAUAGUGUCCGCCCUGACGUCAUCUAGGGUGUGACGUCACGGAGCAUUUUGUGUUUCCAGGGAACACCGAAGAGUGUCUUGCUCUGGUCAAAUUUUUACCGGUUUGGUUUUUUUAGUGCUGUUUUAGGAGUUGGUAAGUGCUUUUUGCAAUGCAUUUCAAAUGUUAAAGUACUUUUAAGAGCAAAGGGAAGUGAUUUUGGAUAAUUAGACUUAACAUAUGAGUGAAAAUUGAGGUCACAAAACACGUUUUGCUCGCAGACAAGGUUAUACCAUAUCGGCUUAGUUGGGCAUCUGUUAUUUAAAUGCCUUGAAAUGUGUUUUCGAGUUCAAUAGGGCUCGAUCAACUUUAUACAGGGUGUGCUGGCGGAAGUUCUAGGGGAAGGGCUUUUAAUAAAAUAUUAUCGAUUCCUUCCCAGUGUGUUCCACAUGGCGUAGUGGUAAUGAAAUAGCCUGGCGCAUAGGAGGUCCAGAGUUUGAUUCCGGGCAGAACCUGGUUUUUUGUUCUUUUCUUUUUUUUGUUUUCCUUUUGGUUUAGUUUUUUUUUUAGUUAUUUGUAGUUUUGUUUCGUUUCUUUACAGCUGCAUAUAGCUUAAGUUUUUUUAAAACUUAUAAAUUUUCUUCCCUAUUGCCUUAUUUCCCUUUCAACUUCUUGCUGUACCCCCAAAGUCCUUCACUAGGUCAUGCGAUUCACAUAUUUCUAGUUUAAAAGUAGUAAGAAAACUUAAAACCAUUACUAAGCUAGCACCUUGCAAGUGAUUUAUCCCUUAAAAGUCUAUACAAUUCCUUUAAUUUAGUAUGGCCACUGAAUCGGUGAAAGGGUUUAUUAACUCUGCUACAGUCUCACUUGUAACCAAAAUGACUUGUUUAUGGAACUAUAAGAUCUGAUAAUUUUCUUCUUCUUUUUUGCCAUAUAUUGACAUAAAAUUUCCUUAAACUGAUUUUUCUUGUUUCAACAUUUUUGGGUGAUCUUCCUUCCUAAUACCUAAUUCCUAAUAUGCACUGCAGUAGUUUUUUUUGCCCUCAAGAGAAAAGAAUAUGGAUCCAACAGUACCAUACUUACUCAUGCCCUUCCAUACUUUUCUUUAAUUUUUUUACUAAAAGGGUUAUUCAAGGCUGGGUGCUGCAUUGUCAUUCCUUGGGCGCCAUGAUGAAGCAGAAAAAGCUUACACUAAAGGUCUUCAGUUGGAUCCAAAUAAUGCCCAGUUAAAAAGUGGCUUAGAAGACGCAAAAGCACAAGCUGCACGUAAGUAG